AUGGCAGGGGACGUCGAUCGGCACAGCCUUAGAUAUUUCAGGGGACACCGUCUUGUCAUUGACUCCUUCUAUGGAUGGCUUGUUAAAUGUCUGAUGAUGUUCAGCCGUCGUCGCCGACGUUACAGGCUUGUCUGUGUGGUUGUCAUCCUCUUGCUCGUCGUUCUGUGUGAGGUCUCUGUCGAUAACACGGAGGGUCAAUGGGGCGUCCAUGUUCGGCUACGUUUUAGAAAAAGACCUACAACACCAUCGGUAGACACGCCCAUUAGGAUCAAGGUAGGCAAGGCGAGAUCUCGAUGGCGUAAACAGAUAGACGAACGACGUCGACGCUUGCAGCGUGUUUGUACGACCCAGUCAGCACACACAGAUUUUACUCAACUAAACCUCCGUCACUUUCAGUAUAACCAUAAACACCGAAUGUUGUACUGCGGCGUGGAGAAAAGUGGCUCGACCUUUUGGCGUCGGCUUCUACAACAGAUAGACAAAAACGUCAUCAUUAGUCCUUAUAACAUCAGACCUGAAAAUGGCUUGCUUAAUUAUAGAAACCUUGCCAAUGAAACGCUAGAAGAACUGGACGACAUUUUAAAGUUUUCGGUCAAGUUUAUGGUCGCUAGAGACCCAUAUACACGAUUAUUGUCUGGAUAUAUCGAUAAGUUGUACUCGCCAAACGUCUACUUCUGGGAUUCUAUAGGAGAACAUAUUGUUCGGGCGGUACGACCUAACGCCACAAUGAAAAGUAAAACAUGUGGGCAUGAUGUGACGUUCUUAGAGUUUGUGAAAUACGUUAUCAAAUCACAGACGACGGGGGAGAAAAAGGACAGUCAUUUUAUGCCAGCUGUGGAAAUAUGCAAUCCGUGUAAAGUUAGAUUUGAUAUAAUAAGUCAAAUGGAGACAUUUAGAUUCGACGUACGUUUUAUUCUAGAAACUUUCAACCUUCGAUCUUACUUAGGCGUUAUUGACGGGCCAUCGUAUAAUAUGCUCAAUGAUACGAUAUAUGACGUUGCGCAGGCUUUCGUGUCAAUGCGAACAGAUAUACGAAGAUGUAUGAGCGUGCAUGCUGCGCUUCUGAGAGUUUGGGAAAAGCUACAAAUUAAAGGAAUUGUUAGUUUAGAUAUACCCUGUCCCUUUAAAAAAGACGAAGUGUCUGGUUUAACAAUAGACAUAAUGACAAGUGUCAUUAGAGAAGCGUUGGAUUCGGCUUCUUUAAGUGCUUUGAAAUCCCAGCGAAAAUCCUUGUUUUUAAAGUUUUAUAGACAGAUACCAUUAGAUGUACUACGUAAACUAGCCGAUGUGUUUAAAAACGAUUUUGACCACUUUGGUUACGAACAAUAUCCAGCAAUCUUGUUUAAAAGAGUCAAUACUGAAAAAACGAUCGGUUAA